AUGCUUGACUCGGGCGCUUUGCAAGAAGAACGGCAGAAGCGGACUGCGGCAACGGGGCGAAUCGUCCACUCUUACGGCGGGCACGAGGGGCUGCAGCGGAUCGUUGCGGCUAUCGUCAAUUGGUUGCAGAUCAACUUGACAGGCUUCGAGCCAGCUGAGCCAGCGACUAGAGCCAACCCGAACGGUUACCAGCACUACGACGCCGGCGGGCUGGUCAUUGAAGGGGGCUUGAACACCGCCCCCGAACCCAUCGUCCUCCGCGCCCCCGGCGUCUCUAUUCACGUCGUCCAGAUUCGCGCAAGUGGCCGAUGGCCUCGCCGCUUCGUCCUCGAGCGCUUUCUCCCCGACUCGGGCGGCGAGAAGAAGGGCCACAAGACAGACAUACGUGAGAUUUCGGCUCCGCGCCUCGUUCAGAGCUACGUCAGAGUGGAACACAAGUACAAUUGGCCGACGGAUGAGGCGGAAACGAUUGCGCAGGCCGGCUUGCAGGACCGCCCACACGCGUUGAGUGUUGAUUUCCAUCCUCCCCUCGUCCCCUUCGCUUUCACCGCGACCAUCGAGCAACUCGGCCGACCACUCGAGGACACAUACAAGUGGUCCCCUCACCCAGAUGUCGCCUUCCGCAUCCACCUCCUGCCCCCGGCCCGGCCAUCCCUCAAGCCUUCGUCCGACUUGAUCUGA